UCCAUAUCGGCUUUCAUUACUUGAUUAGAAUUAGUUGUGUAUAUUUUUAGGCAUUAAUCCAUUAUUUAUAAAAAUUUUUGAGUCGGAAUGUUUUUGGACUGUCUGAUAUUCAAAUCUUUUUAGAAAAGAUGGGAAGUAAGAUUUAAUGUAGAAUAAUUCUAGAAGUUCAGUGCUGAGAUUAUUGUACAACUAUUCAAUAUCAUUAUUUUGCAGAUUGAAACGAUGACAAAAUGAGUGAUUGUUCGGGAAUUGUGCUGCCCAUUUUCAACGAAUCAACAUGGCACGUUGGAUUAAGAGCCACGUUAUAUCUCAUUGCAAUGAUUUGGUGUUUUCUAGGAAUAGCUAUUGUAGCAGACACUUUCAUGUGUGCUAUAGAGAAAAUAACGAGCAAAACUAAAGUUGUAAAAAUUGCUGAUUCUGACGUGAAAGAUGGCAUAAGGGAUGUUGAAGUGAAGGUUUGGAAUGACACUGUAGCUAAUCUUAGUUUGCUUGCUUUUGGAACAAGUGCACCAGAAAUAUUACUGAAUGUGAUAGAAAUAUGUGGAAAUUCAUUUAAGCCUGGCAAGCUUGGACCUGGAACUAUUGUUGGAUCAGCUGCGUUUAAUUUAUUAGUUAUUACUGCAAUUUGUAUAGUUAGUAUACCAAAAGACGAAAUUCGUAGAAUCAAUGUGAUACCAGUUUAUGUAGUAACGUCUGUCUUUAAUCUCUUUGCAUACGUAUGGUUAGCCCUAGUGCUUAUGGUAAUAACACCUAAUGUUGUAGACCUGUGGGAAUCUAUUGUAACGUUCUUGCUUUUUCCCGCGUUAAUAAUAGUGUCGUAUGCUGUUGAUAAAGGAUGCUGUUGCGUGAAGAACAAUAAGACAUCGUCUGAAGUCGAGAUUGGAAUUGGACCAAAAGCGGUAGAAGGUGAAAAGUCAGAUACAACUAUAAAGGAUGUGAAAGUGCGAAUCAGGAUAGAUAUUGACCACUGUCCGGAUGCAAGUGCAGAAGAAGAGAGAGCAGAAAUCAUUCACUUGGCGAAAGAAUUAGGUAGAAAUAGGGAAAUUUCAGAGGAAAAAGCAGCAAAGCUGGCCGCUGCUAAAAUCGCUCAAGGAGAACACCAUAGUUCAAUGUGGUAUAAAGUAAAUGCCAGGCGAGGCUUUUCAGGAGGCCAUAAACUUAUACCUAAGAUCAAUUCUACACUCAAAGAGCUUUAUGAAAAUGUAAAAAUGAGGCAGUCUCAAAUGUUGUCCGACAUAGCAUCUACUGCAAGCAUCAAUUUCAUCGAUCUCAGUGACGGAGGAACAACUGCUGUAGUCGAGUUCACCGCUUCCUCGUGUGCCGUACUUGAAAAUGAAGGCAAGGUCAGAAUAGGAGUUAGGCGUAUUGGAAGAAUGGAUAUACCAGUUACAGUACUAGUGGAAACUAUUGAUGGAACAGCUGACGCCGGUAGCGAUUAUAAACCAUUGAAGGAAUAUGUAGAAUUUGCACCCAACGAAUCAUUACGUGAGGUAUAUGUUGAAAUUGUGGAUGAUGAUAUAUGGGAACCAGAUGAAUUUUUCUUCAUUAAAUUAUAUCUUCCAGAGGAAAAAAAGCAAAGUGAUGUCGUCAUAGGGAAGGUCUCCAUAAAUCAAAUAACUAUUAUUAACGAUGACGAACCUGGGAAAUUUGAAUUUUCAAAGCCAAGUUACAUCGUUCGUGAAAGCAAUUCAACUGCUCAAGUAAUUAUAAAAAGAAUAAAUGGAGCUGAUGGGUCAGUAUCGAUCAAAUGGAAGACAACUGAUAUGUCAGCGAAACAUAACGUUGAUUUCAUCGGGGGACAAGGAGAUCUUACUUUCAACCAUGGAGAAACCAGUAAAACAUUGUCUUUUGCCAUUAUGGAUUCUAUGUUACCAGAAAGGGAUCACAGUUUUCAGGUAGAGAUAUUUGGUCCUGAUGGAGGGGCUCAAGUCGGAAAAAUAGGGAAAACUAUUGUUACGUUAGUCACAGAUGCAGAAUUUGACGGCCUUGUGUCAAGAAUUGCAAAUCAAACAAAACAGAACCUUGACGGUAUUCGUCUAGAUUCAUCGUCAUGGAAGCAACAGUUUCACGAAGCCAUGAAUGUCAAUGGUGGAGACAUAGAUGAGGCAUCUGCAUUUGAUUAUAUCAUGCAUUUUCUCUCAUUUUUCUGGAAGGCGUUUUUUGCAUGUAUACCACCUACAUCUAUCGGAGGAGGAUGGGUCACAUUUGUUGUUUCAUUGUUAGUAAUAGGCCUUCUUACCUUCAUUGUUAAUGACCUUGCUACAAUAUUUGGGUGUUUAAUUGGACUAAAAGACACUGUUACAGCAAUCACAUUCGUGGCACUAGGCACAAGUAUGCCGGACACAUUUGCUAGUAAGCUUGCAGCAAUCAAUGAAAAAUACGCAGACUGCUCAAUUGGAAAUGUCAAUGGAAGUAACGCAGUAAAUGUCUUUCUGGGACUAGGUCUCCCUUGGCUAUUAGCAGCAUGUUACUGGGAAGCGAAGGAUAUGCAGUUUGAUUACCCGGCUGGUUCACUUGGCUUUAGUGUGGUUAUCUAUCUUACUUGUGCUUGCGUCGCAAUUUUCGUUUUAUUAGUGAGAAGGAAACUGUCCAUCUUCGGUAACGCUGAACUUGGUGGACCUGUAAAAGCAAAAUGGGCCACUGGCUUUAUUGUUUUUGUAUUGUGGUUACUUUAUGUAGUCAUUUCGUCACUAGAAGCAUAUGAUCUGAUUGAAGGUUUCUAGAUGAAAAUAAUAUACACGUUCUUCAGGCGUAAUUAAGGUCUCUAGUGAAAUUUAUGCAAAUCAGAACUGUGUUUUAUUUGAAUCUCAUACUUUUUUGUGAAUUAAAAAUGUUUUUCAAUUUCAAUAGAUUAAUUAAGAAAUAAAAAACCAAAAUCAAACUUUGAAAAAAUAAUAAGUUUCAAUUAUUCAUCUUCAAUUUUCAAUGAAUUGGGUGAAAACAUUCCAAGCUUACCAAUAAAUGUUCAUUGAACGCGAAAUGUUUUUCGUUUGAAUACAAUAUUACUUUGGUAUUUCGUACUGUCAUUUUUCAAUGUAUGUUAAAAUGGACAGAUUAAACCCUAUAUUUAUAUAAAUACCGGGUACUUUAUGAGUGGCUAUCCUGUUAUUGAUGUAUUUUUAUCCUUUUAAAAAUCAUUAGUGCUACAUGUGUAUUAAAGAUGUUCAGUUAUAUUUAUAAAACAUGUAAAAAUUCUUAUAACGUAAAUAACAAGCACAAUCCUGAUUGUGAACAUUCCAAAUUUCUUAUUUACUGGGAACAAACAAUUGUUGUAUUUUUAACAAGGACUAUGACCAGAAAAUAAGUUUAUUGUGAUACAAAAUGUUUUUUUUACUCAUUUAUAUAAAUGUUAUCUCUUUUUUUUUCUACUGUAAUUGUUCAUGUUAUGCAAAUGAUAUAUUCAUGCUUGUUUAAUUUGUACAUCCGUAGAUUAAAAGCGCGUCUUUAAAACUUUAAUAUACGUGUAAGAAUUUACUUUUGUUAACUUAGCAGUAUACAUGAUAUACUUGAAUUACAGAAUUGGAUCAUGAGUAUUAAUGUUAAAGAUCUGCAGCUCACAUGAAGUAAAAUAGUGAUGUGAUUAAAAGACUUUAACUGAAUCCACUUUUGUUGCAUAUCGCUGCAGUAUUAUCUGUGAUAGAAUCUUCGUCUUUAUAUUUAUAACGAAUGUUACUUUGACUUCAU